CUUGUCUCUGCACAUCUCAUAAUUGACGGUUGACAAUGCACACGUUCCAGCAACAAUACUGGGCAAUCCGCGACUACAUCAGUCCCGUACUCAAGGAGAGCAAGUUCAAAGAACACGGAAGGAUAACUCCGGAGGAAUUCGUCGCUGCAGGCGAUUUCCUGACGUACAAAUUUCCCGUCUGGCAGUGGGAGAAAGGCGACGCGUCCAAAGCCCGCGAUUAUCUCCCCGCCGAUAAACAAUAUCUGGUCACACGCGGCGUCGCUUGUCUCCGACGCGCACAGUCUCUCGCUUACACCGAUGCAGACGAAGAUGCGGAACGCUUGCUUUCUUUCGGUGACCCCUCAUCCGGGCUCACAGACGAGUGGGUCGAGACCCACGCAGGACGUAAAGACACUGCCGACUCUGCUGCGAACCCAGGCGAAAUCGACGAUAUACCUGAUUUAGAUGGUGACCACGAUCAGCUCGCAACUGCCAUGGGAAACGUGUCCCUUACUUCUUCAGCCGGUGCAACGGUGGGAGAGACACCAGAUAUAGAUGACAUUCCGGACAUGGAGGAGGAAGGCCUUGAAGCGGGAGAUGACGAGGCGACUGCCGGCCCCCCGCCCAAGGCUAGUCAAGUUGAAGCGGCGAAGGGGAAUCUGCUUCAAGUACGAACCUACGACGUCAUGAUCACAUAUGAUAAAUACUAUCAGACGCCGCGGAUCUGGUUAAAUGGCUACGACGAGAAUCGUAAUCCCCUGACGCCCGUGCAGAUCUUCCAAGACGUGUCUGCUGACCAUGCCCUCAAGACUGUUACGAUUGAAGCCUUCCCACACUCUACAACGCUCCAGGCUGCAUCUGUGCACCCCUGCAAGCAUGCGAGUGUCAUGAAGAAAGUGAUUGAACGCAUGAACGCAGGCGUGGAGGAACAGCUGGCUGCUCGCAAGAAAGAUGGAAGCAGCAAAGAUAGCAGUAGCAAGAAAAAGUGGACGUUUGGGCGGAAGAGUUCCAAAGAAGACAGCAGCAAGGAUAAGAGCUCAGCGAACGAGGAAGACGAACAGCCCGAGGCUAUGAGAGUGGACUUCUAUCUCGUUGUGUUUUUGAAGUUCAUCGCGUCUAUCGUGCCUACGAUCGAAGUCGACUCCACGACAUCUUUUUGAAGGUGGGUUGGCAGUUGGGUGUUAGUAGCGAGGCAUGCAGGUGGAAGGUAAUGAUGGAGUCAAAGUAAGCUUGAGGCGUGCGGUAUACCCCCGCUGGGUCUCGCUGUGAGACGAAUGUACACUUGAUUUCUGGUUAAUUAAACAGUCGACCGUUGCAGACCAGUUGUUUACAACGUCGUCACUUUGAGCUGCUAGCCACUACAUGUACCAUAGAUGUAGAGCCAUGUACUGUUUUCUUCCCGAGGUUUCAACGACUUCAGAAAAAGCUUUGAUGCACACAAG